AUUUCCGCCACCCCCGACACUUCCGGAAUCCCCGGAAGCGACCCGUUGCUAUGGCGACCGUGUACCCAGCCAGGCAGCCCCGCGUGGGGAGCGCAGGUGGUUUCGGUUGCGGCAGUCGCGUCCCGGCAGCGUCGCUGCCUGGUGAACGUAGUGACUGAAGAUAGACCCACAUAUGAAGAUUCAGCUGCCCUCUGACUUCCAGCCAUUACCAUCACCAACCACUGCCAUUUCCUGAACACCUACUCUGUGCUGGGCUCUGCCCUGGACAUUGUGAGGGGAUUCAAAAGAGAUAAAAAGCACAAUCCUUGCCUUCAAGCAGCUUGUAAUUUAAUUUGGGAACUGGAACCCACUCAAGUGAAGUGACUAAGAAUGGUAACAAGCAGUAUUUCAGUAAGUGCAAGAUGGCAUGGGGUCCCCAAAUGUUUGGGUGUUAAAGGGCUGCUGAGUAGCAGGCUCACAAGACGGGUGUGCAAAGGAAGACUUAUUGCAGCUAGAAUGGGUACUAGGAAAAAAGUUCAUGCAUUUGUCCGUGUCAAACCCACCGAUGACUUUGCUCAUGAAAUGAUCAGAUACGGAGAUGACAAAAGAAGCAUUGAUAUUCACUUAAAAAAAGACAUUCGGAGAGGAGUUGUCAAUAACCAACAGACAGACUGGUCGUUUAAGUUGGAUAGAGUUCUUCACGAUGCCUCCCAGGACUUGGUUUAUGAGACAGUUGCAAAGGAUGUGGUUUCUCAGGCCCUCGAUGGCUAUAAUGGCACCAUCAUGUGUUAUGGGCAGACGGGAGCUGGCAAGACAUACACCAUGACGGGGGCAACUGAGAGUUACAAGCACCGGGGGAUCCUCCCUCGUGCACUGCAGCAGGUUUUUAGGAUGAUCGAAGAACGCCCCACACAUGCCAUCACUGUGCGUGUUUCCUAUUUGGAAAUCUAUAAUGAGAGCCUGUUUGAUCUCCUGUCCACUCUGCCCUAUGUUGGACCCUCAGUCACACCAAUGACCAUCGUGGAAAACCCUCAAGGAGUCUUCAUUAAGGGCUUGUCAGUUCACCUCACCAGUCAGGAGGAGGAUGCAUUCAGCCUCCUUUUUGAGGGUGAGACCAACAGGAUUAUAGCCUCCCACACUAUGAACAAAAACUCUUCCAGAUCACACUGCAUUUUCACCAUCUACUUAGAGGCCCAUUCCCGGACUUUAUCAGAGGAAAAGUACAUCACUUCCAAAAUUAACUUGGUGGAUCUGGCAGGCUCAGAGAGGCUGGGGAAGUCUGGGUCUGAGGGCCGAGUCCUGAAGGAAGCCACCUACAUCAACAAAUCGCUCUCAUUCCUGGAGCAGGCCAUCAUUGCCCUCGGGGACCAGAAGCGGGACCACAUCCCCUUUCGGCAGUGCAAGCUUACCCACGCUCUGAAGGACUCAUUAGGGGGAAACUGCAAUAUGGUCCUCGUGACAAACAUCUAUGGAGAAGCUGCCCAGUUAGAAGAAACGCUAUCUUCACUGAGAUUUGCCAGCAGGAUGAAGCUAGUCACCACUGAGCCUGCUAUCAAUGAAAAGUAUGAUGCUGAGAGAAUGGUCAAGAACCUGGAGAAGGAACUAGCACUGCUCAAGCAGGAGCUGGCUAUCCAUGACAACCUGACCAACCGCACCUUUGUGACCUAUGACCCCAUGGAUGAAAUCCAGAUCGCUGAGAUCAACUCCCAGGUGCGGAGGUACCUGGAGGGGACACUGGACGAGAUCGACAUAAUCAACCUUAGACAGAUCAAGGAGGUGUUCAACCAGUUCCGGGUGGUUCUGAGCCAACAGGAACAGGAAGUGGAGUCCACUUUGCGCAGGAAGUACACCCUCAUUGACAGGAAUGACUUUGCAGCCAUUUCUGCUGUCCAGAAGGCGGGGCUUGUGGAUGUUGAUGGCCACCUAGUGGGUGAGCCUGAAGGACAAAACUUUGGACUUGGAGUCGCCCCUUUCUCUACCAAACCUGGGAAGAAAGCCAAGUCCAGGAAGACAUUCAAAGAGCCACUCAGCUCCUUGGCAAGAAAGGAAGGUGCCAGCAGCCCUGUGAAUGGGAAGGACUUGGAUUACGUUUCCACCUCCAAGACCCAGCUGGUCCCAUCCUCCAAAGAUGGGGAUGUCAAAGACAUGCUUUCGCGGGACCGGGAAACUUCCAGCAUUGAGCCCCUUCCCUCAGACUCCCCGAAGGAGGAAUUACGUCCAAUUAGGCCCGACACCCCACCCUCCAAACCAGUGGCCUUUGAGGAGUUUAAGAACGAGCAAGGUAGUGAGAUCAACCGAAUUUUCAAAGAAAACAAAUCCAUCUUGAAUGAACGGAGGAAAAGGGCCAGCGAGACCACACAGCGCAUUAAUGCCAUCAAGCGGGAGAUUGAUGUGACCCAGGAGGCCCUGAAUUUCCAGAAGUCACUACGGGAGAAGCAAGGCAAGUACGAAAACAAGGGGCUGAUGAUCAUUGAUGAGGAAGAAUUCCUGCUGAUCCUCAAGCUCAAAGACCUCAAGAAGCAGUACCGCAGCGAGUACCAGGACCUGCGUGACCUCAGGGCUGAGAUCCAGUAUUGCCAGCACCUAGUGGAUCAGUGUCGCCACCGCCUGCUCAUGGAAUUUGACAUCUGGUACAAUGAGUCCUUUGUCAUCCCUGAGGACAUGCAGAUGGCACUGAAGCCAGGCGGCAGCAUCCGGCCAGGCAUGGUCCCUGUGAACAGGAUUGUGUCUAUGGGAGAAGAUGACCAGGACAAAUUCAGCCAGCUGCAGCAGAGGGUGCUUCCUGAGGGCCCUGAUUCCAUCUCCUUCUACAAUGCCAAAGUCAAGAUAGAGCAGAAGCAUAAUUACUUGAAAACCAUGAUGGGCCUCCAGCAGGCACAUAGAAAAUAGAACCUCAUCGCCGGUACCUUAAAGGACAAGACCAGCAACUCCAACCUACUGUAGUGGAGCUGCUCAACCACCUGCCCAGAGCUGCAGCCCCUCUACUCCAAUGCUGGGACCCAGCACAAAGAACACAUAUGGCCUGCAUGUUGGGAGGAGCAUCCUCCAAGGAUAACCUUGCUCAUCUCCACAGAGCACUUUGGGUUUUAAUUCACUGUCUUAUAUGCAGGGACAGGAUAAAAUAACUUUCUAGUUUGGACUUUCAGUGCUCAUCUGAGAACUUUGUCUUAUUUCCUGUCUGAAAGGACAUAUUCUCUAUGUAUGUGUGAGGUCAGAACUGAGUCUCAAGUAGGAAGGCAGAAAAGUAGCUCAGCCAGGCUCCUCCUGGCAGGCCUUUGUCGCACUGGUCAGCCCUUUUCCGGGAUAGACAUCCUAGGGUGGGGGUGGUGAGCUCGGUCUGAGGAGCUCUGCUUCUUACAGCUCCCUCAGACCCUAAGUUCUCUCAAGACAUCUUAUCUGUGUUUCUGAGCCAGUGAAGAGGACAGGAGGAGGCCCUCCUUCAUUUGGCAACCAGGGGAGGAUAAGGUCUAGCCACAGACCAGAAAGGGGUGAGGCAGAGCUGGCUCCAUGUACCAGGGAAUAAAUGAGCAGCUUCUGGGA